AUGGACAGCAUGCAGCAGAGACAGAUUAGCACUGACCCCUGUGGGCCCAAACUGCAGCCUGGCCCUUGCGCAGUGAUCAGAUCCAAUCCAGGUUUACCUCCACAGCUCACAAUCGGCCCACCUGAGCCUCUCAAGAAACCACCUGGACUGAGCCCCACACAGGCCACAGUCUUGCCCAUAAAAGUGGCGGAUCAAAAGCAGGCGGGGCAAUCCAAGUCUGGGUCUUCACCAGUGCUUCUGACAAGCAUUAGCCGACCUAGACCGACUGCUCUUGGAACCAAACCUGCUUCAAAGACACCAAGGAUCUCAACAGACCCGUCAAAGGAAAUAGAUUUGAUCCCAGUGUGUAUCCCAGGACCUCAGAGUGUUAACGUCUUGACGCAUCCCCCAACAGAGUCUCCUCAACCUGUUCACAGUCCUCUGAGUCCCCUCAGCCCACAGUCUUACCUGAGCCCCAACACAACCCUGACCCCUAAUCUCAACUCCAAACCCAGCGUCAUCCCUCAGCCGCAGAAGACCACUUCACCUGAGAGCUCCACACAGAGCCCAGUGCAGUCUGAAAAGCAAGGAGGAGAGAACAAUGACUUCAGGUGAGGCGAAUAAUCACAAAUUCAUGAAAACAUUUGAUCCUACUCAGCCUGUGCAACUCACUGCAGGGUGAGUCGUUGUGCUUCCUCUGUUUAUUCUCUGUUGGCUGGACACCUGAUGUGUGCUUAGAUCAUGUCGCAUGAAUCAAAACUGCAAUUUUCUCAGUGAGCUGUAUAAACCUGACAGAGCCACAAAGACACACUUUCUUGAACUCAUUAUAUUAUCAGCUGCUUUAACCCAGAUUAAGAUUUUUAGAGCAUUUAUUGAGAAGAAAUCACGCCCAAAGGGUUUUGGGUGGCAGCUUCAUCUAUUAGACACACUCAGAGAUAUAUUCCUCAUGUGAGCAGUAAUGUGAAGUUAACAGGCGCUGAUGUGAAAUACAGUCCUCUCGGGGUGGAUGUUCACGAUUCUGUUUGGCUUAGCUGUAUAUGAUCUUACCUUUUACCUGUCUUUUAACCAAAUGUACAAACAAGCUGACACUAUGUUUUGAUUUAAAGACGACUUUAUUGUUUUUACAGUGAUUUAUUUGUUUAGCUAAAAUAUAGUUUGGAUUUAAAGAAUUAAAAACAGCACCUGCAGCUUGUCUAUGGCCUUUUCCCCUCACUCAGCCAGUCCAGUAACCCUGCCAAAGUCCAGACCUUGCUGCAGUUAGUGGUUGCUUUAUGUCUGUUCUCUUCGGUCAACAUCUCUUUGACUCAGUUGCUCGUGUGUGCCAACAUCCCACACUUACUUUUGUGCUGUUUUACCACCUCGUCUUCUUUCCUCAGUUGUUGGCUGGACAACCAUUAACCACCCAUCCAAAGUUUUGUGCUUUCCAAAAAAAAAAAUUGAGAGCAGUAUUAAAAAAUCUCUUCCAUGACGCAGUUGGAAAGUAAUGUUUUUGUCUGAUUUUCAACAAGAGUGGUCAUCACAACGGUGCAGUCCACUCCUGCUCAGGUGUUGUGUUGCUAUGACUGACUGAUGUACGUUUGUUUGAGAAUUAUUUACAGUGUCAGGGGGUUUCAACCAAUCCCGAUCAAGUUUUUACACAGCUGGGUAAAACAGAAAUAAAACAAAAAUAGUAAACUCAGAUAGACUAUACUAGAGGAUUUAAAUGUUUUAACCUAUUGAUAACAAAAUCUCAGUUCCCUCAUAUUCAUACAUUCGCCCAGUUUUGCUUAGUGAAAAAAUCCCCUGUAAAUUCAAUCAUAACCAUGCCAUGGUUUCUCCUUUUUUCCCCAAAACAAUUUCAGGUUAUGUUAGUACCACAAGAUUAUUACUCUGUUAGCUGGUAAUGCAUAAAAAUCAAUUAUUAAUCUCAUCUUUUCUGACUGUUAAAGCAGCUUCAGUUUGAAAAAAAAAUAAGUUAGAUAAAAGACUGAGAUGAAAACUGAUUUUGUUUUAUGAGCUACAAAAGAAAACCAGACCAUUACUGACAAAACUGAUGGUUUCUACACAGUUGAUUUUUAUAUCUGGAACCACUGCAACAGGGCAGGUAUCAGACAGAGUGAUUAACUGCAAAUUGGUUAAACAGCCUUUUCUUUAAUGUCUUAUCCCCAAUGAGCAAUACAUUUAAUUUUUAAAAAAUAGCAGAAAAGAUUUGAGGACAAACACACCAUUGAAACGUAUACAGGGAAAAAAAAUUACUGCUUUGUCCACAGGGGGGCGCCAAAUCUGAGCCCUUGCAUAUCUUGUCUCCCACGUGCUUGAGUAUCUCUAAAAUCGCAUCCUGCUGCCUCUUGACAGUUACAUGUAUCAUUCAGUGUGAAUAUUCUUGUAGGAAACGAUCAAACAUUGAGCUGUCUCUUCAGCUGCAAGGAUUGGAUCUACCCCGUCACUCUAGAUCCAGACAAUAUGAGUCUUGUUUGUUUUUGUUUAUCAUCUAAAGGCACUAACAUGAAUUUUGGUCCAUUUUAUUAACAUGAAAACUCCUCGUAGGAGCUUUAAUACUUCUAUCAUUAUAGCCCAAAAUCUCAUCUAGAGCAGCCACCUGUUGUUAGCUUGAGCUUUAUACACCCUGGACGUCGUCUACAGACGAUGGAUGGUAUGUUGGUAUUUUGUAGCGUGGCAUGGUUUGACAGGAAUUUGAGCUAGAACACAGAGAUAAUCUGAAUGUAAGCUGUGAUUGGUUAAACAGGUAUAUAACCACUUAACUGGAGCAUUGUGGAUGUUAACCUGCAUGCAGUGGUGCUAGCUCUGCUAUUGCUUGUUUUGACUGUUUAUGUGUUUUCUUACCUUAAAAGUUUAGUUCAAACAAAAAGGAAAUGAUGAGGAAUAUCUGUAUCAUAGAUCAUACCUUUGGUCCAGACACAAGUCUAGUUUUGAUUGCUUUUACAUAAUAAAUCUUUUAUUAUUUAUUUUAUUAUAAAUCGAAAGUCAAACAUGGACAAGCCGGAGUAUUGAUCAGAUAACAAACAAAAAAUGACCUAAAAAUAGAUAUAAACAUUGGUUGGCGCUCUGUUAUGAAACUGUUAUUCUGGUGGUUUCGUUUCUAAGGACAGUUGGCUUCAUCUUUUUCUUCCCUCCGGCAGUCACACACACACCUUCGUCAUCAUGAAGGUACAAAGAGGUGCUUAAUUGUGCUUAUCUUUUCUUCUAUAUACAGCAGCACUGAUGAAAGCUGUUUCCCCUGAGGAUUACACCACAGAUUAUGUCCUCUUUCACCCGACAGUAUACACAGUCUGUAUGGUACUUACAUCUCAUGCAGCAUUUCCACUCUCUCUAUCCUCUCUCAGGGUGUACAUCGUCACAUGGAAUGUGGGAUCAGCUGUCCCGCCAGAUGACAUCACUGCUCUCUUCGGACCAAAUGUUUCUGAUGGGAGCGUUGACAUGUUUAUCAUCGGGUAAGCAACUAUUUCUCCCAGGCUCAGCAGUGCCAGAGAGAGACAGCCGCAAAUGCCCACUCAGUCAUCUGUGAUUGUUUUGAUCCGUCUGCCUCUGUUAUCCAUCACUGUCCUUUUUAUCAGAGCUUCGUUUUCACUUGUUAAUCACAUUUCUCUGUUCGCACACAGACUCCAGGAACUUAACUCCAUGAUAAACAAGCGCCUGAAGGAUGUGCUUUUCUCUGACCAGUGGAGUGAUCUCUGCAUGGACACACUCAGUCCUUUUGGAUACGUUCUAGUCAGUAAAUUUGAAGGUGUUCCCGUCUCUCUUCUCAAAUUGAAUCUAGCUUAUCUUGUUGAUAACUCAUGUCUCAUCUGUUUAGGUGGCGUCCCAGCGCAUGCAGGGAGUGCUUCUUCUGGUUUUCUCUAAAUUCUGCCAUCUUCCGUUCCUCCGAGGUGUGCAGACACAGAGCACACGCACAGGACUCGGGGGAUAUUGGGUACGUGCUGCGCAUUGAAAAGGCACCGCUCUGAACUCAGCUCUGAGAUUUAUUGCGCCACAAAUUUUGUGGUGGGUUUGUGUCAGUGGAGUGGGGGAGCUGGAAGGUGGUGAGUCUGUACGUGGGUGCAUAUGUCAGUGUGUGACCUUCCUGUGCGUGUUGAUGUCAGCAUCACCCCUGGCUGCUGCUGGUGCAGUCUCCUUCUCUUUGAGGUCAGUGCAGCAGCAGGCUGUCUGGCUCUCUGGUUCUGGGACUCAGGGGCAAAAAAAACAUCCUGACUUUGUCCCCAAACAUAAAUAAUGUUGAUAAAUGAUGCUGCUUUUUAAUUUAAUCUAAUUAUAAGUGGGUUUUUUUUUCUUGUUUUUUUUUUUAAUCUCUGCGAAGGGGAACAAAGGUGGCGUGAGUGCAAGGAUGACAAUGUUUGGCCACCCGGUGUGCUUCCUCAAUUGUCACCUCCCAGCCCACAUGAGGAACCUGGAGCAGAGGAUGGAGGACUUUGAAAGCAUCCUGCAGCAGCAGCAGUUUGAAGGAGGGACGGCCACAGGAGUACUGGACCACGAGUGGGUGACAUCACUGAAACACAUUUAUGACCUGAAAGUGACCGUCCGAAAAUAAAAAGCUAUUUAACAGUGUUGUGAAAUGUAUAUACAUCAAAUUUAAGUUUCUGACUUUUCUUAAUCUUACAAAUAUCUCAAUGAAUGGAUUUUAAAUAAAGCCUUGACAAUAAUAUCAAUAUGAUAGAGCAUACUUUUUAGCUGAGUUGUCUUGUCUACACUUCGUCUGUCCCCAGUGUUGUCUUUUGGUUUGGAGAUCUCAAUUUCCGAAUCGAAGACUACGACAUCCAUGUGGUGAAAUGUGCCAUCGACAGCAACAAGCUGCCUCUACUGUGGGAGCGAGACCAGGUGAGGAACCUUUCAUUUAGACAGGGGAAAUUUUCCAUGGCUUUACACCACCUGUUUGUCUCUUAAUCACCAACCAAAAGCAGCAGAGGGUGCUGUGACACAGCUUCACCUCUUAACAGGGUGAUAAAACCCGUCAAGGUAUAGGACCACAUAAAGCACUGAAGUCAUUACCAUGUUUUGACCCCAGCCUACCUGGAUUUUCAGCCGGUCAAUGUUUCACUGAGAAAGUGACAUAAUUACAGCUUCCUUAAAGUGAAACCCUUACAUCUUUACUUCCCAGGCACUGUGACCCAGAGUCUGACCUUACAGAACAAGAUACGAUACAUCUUCACUACAAUAAUUAGUGUUGGAAGUAUCAGGAGAGCUCUUUCUUUGUGUGUGUAAAAAUAGAUUUAAAGAACCUGUGCACACAUUGGUAUGAAAAGUAUAAUAAUAAUGUGUGUAUAAAUACCCUUCUUGGCUUCCUCUUUACAGCUCAACAUGGCUAAAAACACAGAGUCCAUCCUGGAGGGCUUCAUGGAGGGACCUCUCAAUUUUCCUCCUACCUAUAAGUUUGAUGUGGGCACUCACACAUACGACACCAGGUUUGUUCAGUAGCCUUCAUCAAAUUUUGCUAAAUCUUGCUCUGAUGUUGCUGCCUGUUGCGACUCUGUCCGUUUUCUUUCUUUUCCAUCAGCGCUAAAAAGAGGAAACCAGCCUGGACUGAUCGAAUCCUCUGGCGUCUCCGUCGCACUGGCUCCCCAGUCCCUACUCACAAUGCAGCACUGCAGCGGGGUUUAACCUCAUGGCUUGGAGGGGCAACCAAAGUGACGCAGCAUGCUUACAGGAGUCACAUGGGCUUCACCAUCAGUGACCACAAGCCUGUUUCUGCUUUGUUUUCACUGCAUGUGAGACAUUAUUUCCUCAAUUACACUUUUGCACCUGUAUUUGAAUUGUUGCAUUGUUUCAGUUUUUUUAUCUACAAUCUGUGCUUUGUAUUCCAGUUCCCAUUCAAAGUGGAGGUCCCUCUGGUAGAGCUGCAGGUCACCAAGGAGUGGAGUAAAGUCUCAGACGCCACGGUCAGAUUCACUGUUGCAUCAACAUAUCAGCGCAGCUCAUGGGACUGGGUGGCAAUAUACAAGGUAAUCUGAUAUGAGACAAAGCUAUGCAAUAAAAUACAAUGAUACAAUACUGAUAUGUACGACAUGUCAGGUUAUGUUAUGUAACAUUAAACCAUAACAUACAACAUGACACAAUACAAUCUGAUACAAUACGAUAUGAUAUGAUGCAAUAUGAUACAUUAUGUUAUGUCACGAUACAAUGCAACAGAUACAGCAGAUACAUGUACGAUACAUUAUACGAUAUGUAACACGAUGACACAAUACAACAGAAUAUUACAGGAUAUUAUAUAUGUUAGCAUACAGUACAUUACAGUAUAUAUUAGGAAAUGUUAUGGUAAAAUACUUUUAGAUACAAGAUGUUACAAUACAACAGGAUAGAAAAGCAUACAUCAGAUAAGAUAUGAUAUAACAUGAUGGUAUACGUUUUAAUGCAUAAUGAUAUGGUAAGACCCAUUAGGUCACAUUAUGUUACCAUAGGUUGCGUUACAUUACCUUAUGGUAAAUAUGAUACAAUACGAUACCAUAAUGAUAUGAUACAACAAGAUAUGAGAUGAUACCAUGCAAUACGAAAAACAGUUACGUUACGGUACAAUAUGAUAUAUGAUAUGAUACGUUACGAUACGAUACGAUACAAUAUGAUAUAAUACGUUACAAUAUGAUACGUUACGUUACGUUACGUUACACUAUGUUAAGUUACGCAUUACGCUACGCUAUGUUACACUACAUUACGUUACACUAUGUUACAUUACACUAUAUUACGUUACGCUAUGUUAUGUUACGUCACGUUACAACAGGAUAUGGUUGAACACAAAACGGCAUGAUAUAACAUGUUACAAUAUGUUUUGACACAAUACAUAAAGUGACAGGAGGAUUCAAUACAGUUUGAUACAAUACAACGCUACACAAUACGAUACAGUGUGAUACAGUACAUCAUGAUACAAUACACGCAAUUGUUCCCUCAGAGAAAUUUGUCAUGAACUGAAGUGCUGCUUACAUUUAGCAAUAGUAUUAAUGAAACCAAUAAAACAGACACCAGUUAACCAUAUACAGAGGAAAACCACAAUAACAUAUAUUCAUGUUUCAUUUAUUGCACAUUGUCUGUUACAGCUUUCCUCUGAUUUGUUUUCCUUAAAGCUCAGAUAUAAUUUGAAGUUCCUAUGAUUUUCUUUCUUUUUCACAGGUGGGAUUCAGACAUCACAAAGAUUACCAGGCUUAUAUAUGGGCCAAGGGAGAGCAUGCCACACAGGUGUGUCAGAUACCUAAAUAGCACUUUUAUACUGUGGCACAGCUCAAUUCAGGGUCAAUUUAACUUCCUCUCUUCUAUAGGUGACGUUCUCAGAAGAAGAUUUACCACGAGAUGACUGUGAAUACAUGCUGGGUUACUACAGUAACAACAUGAACAGUAUUGUUGGUUUGUCAACACCAAUACAGGUAGGUAAAGCAAUGCACUGCCUCUUAUAAUAUAUUUUUGACUGCAUGUAUCCGUAUAUUUGGUCAAAAGUACAUGGACACCUAAAUGUUAUCUCCAUAUGUGGCUGAUAAUAUCUCAUUCUGAAAUCCAUGGUAAUGCAACUUCUGCUCAAACAACAGACUCUCUCCUGGGAAGGUUUGGCUUUAGGGAAGUCAGUCAUUGAUGUUGCGCUGACUCACACUCAAUGUUCCAGUUCAUCACAAAGUAAUUUCAUGGGGUUGAGUUCAGAGCUCUCUGCAGGGCAGCAGAGUUAUUUUACUUUGCACUCUAUCAGUGUUGGAAAUGUGGGUCAGCAUCUACAAGAUUUAAAGAUUAAAAAGUUGAAAUUACUGGUUAAAAUGAAGUAGCGAAGCAUCAAAUUUCAUUUUGUUUGUCAGUCUUUGACUUUAUGUGGAUAAUUUCUGCAGAAUAUUGUUUUAUUGCUUAUUGUUACUUGAAAUAAAAUAAGUCUUGAGAGAUGUGUCCACAUACUAUUUGUCUAUCAGCAUGUACAGUUUCUGAUUCAGCAGCUUCACUCAGACUGUUAUCUUCCCUUGAAUCCUCCAUCCUGUUCAGAUCAAGAUUCCGGUCCACAGCCCCACAGCUCGCCACUCUGACAGUUCAGAUGUCAGCUCAGAGGAUGACAGCACUCUAGUCCUGCUGGCUCCAUGCUCCCGCAGCCCAAGCCCCAAAACCGGCAAACACCACCAUCGCCACCGUCGCAGCCGCAGCCCAGCUGUUCCCGCCCUCACAUCCAACCCCCUCCCCUCCCUGCAGGGCCUCAGCCUCCAUCCUCGCUCCAAAGAAGGUCAGGCUCACAGCCGCUCACCCUGCUCUGCUGCGAAGAAGGAGCGUCUCGUCUCCCCCGACACUGUGCCAUCUCCCACCAUCAGCCCUCUCAGUCCACGCAGUCCUGUGUCUCCAGGUGGAGGGGUGACUGCGCCUGAGGCCCUCAUCGCAGCCAUCAUAGGUGAACACAGACCAGCUCAGGUUAGCCCCACUGGGCUCAAACAGAUAAGAAAAGCAGGGGAAACAGAUACUUCAUAG